GGUUCUUCUAAUGAGCACUUAUUACCUCCACCGCCGCCGCCACCGGUUCUCACAGGGCUUGGUGGUCUGUUACCGCCUCCACCACCCCCUCCGAAGCUGACUGCGUUCGAUAUGCUUCUUCCUCCACCACCUCCAUUACCUCAGCUCCUGGUUGUUCCUCCUGAUGAUAAGUUGAUUAUAAAGGAGCCCGAAAACGUGGACAAGGUGAAUUCUCAAGAUGUGUCGAAGGUGUUAGCUCAGCGGGCAAACGCUCAGUUGAGGUUAAGCUCCGAUCCCAAUGAUUUUGAAGCAUUGCGUAUGUUGAAAGAGGCAGAUGAUCAGAUGGCCAUCUGGGCAGCUGCCAAGAAUUUGCCGGGCAAGUUUACUGGUUCCACGGGCCUUAAUGUUUUGUCGUCUGAAGAGCUGCAACCUCACGAUCCGCGUUAUAACGCGUGGGUGAAGAAG